AUGGCAAUGCCCUUUCAAGUGGAUUUGAUUACGCCAGCCGGUGGUUUGCACAAAGUCCCUUAUGAACCGGACUGGACAGCCUCACGCUUCAAGAAGGAAAUGGUAAUGCAAGCACUCGGCAUUGAGGAGCUCAAAAAAGGCGAACAUCUCAAGUUCUCCAUCUUGAUGUGGCUGAAGGUGGAUAUGGAUGACGGCACGCGAGAUAUUCGGACGACCCGCUACAUCACUGAGAGCACGAAGAAGAUGAAGAAUGUUGUGAAAGGGUAUGAGCAACUCUACCGUAUCGGUGUCUAUGAGAAGAACCAAGGACCAUUUACAAGGCAUUGGGAUGAGAAUGAAAGCCCCGAACCAGUGGAUGGGGACACUUCCGAGGACGAGGACGAGACCGACGAAAGCGAGACGAACAACAGCGAAGCCACUGACGCCAACGAGAUUAUCCUUGAGGAGAAAGACGAGAAGGUUGCCGGUUUUGUCAAUGUCAUCUACUACCUUGAUGGACGACGCUACACCAUGCACACCAUUUACUACCAGUCAGAAACCUUCGGCGACUUUGCUAAGAGGUUUCCCGCCAGUGUCCGCGACAAGAUUGGCGACGACUUCAAGUUCAUGGUGAUGCAAAGCUACGUUGAGAACUAUGACACUUUAAGCUCUGUCCUCACGCCCGAGUUUGACACGGUAACCAUUGUCCCAGUUCUUCGCGGGGGUGGCCUCGUUAAGAAGGAUACCUUGAAGAAAAAGCACACCGUUGCCAUUGAAGAGUCGGGCUUCAAAAAGUGCUAUGACUUGAUGUUGCAGUCGCGCAGUGCUACCGCCCCCAAGCUGAAGGACAUUUUGAACGCCAUGAAACUCGCUGACCUCAAAGAAUACCGCACCCAGCUGGAGCAUCACAAGGCAAACAAUCCGAAAAAAGUCAUGGCUCUCGCUUCCUUUUCCGAGAACUACGCCUUGGUAGAUGCGAUGAUUGAGGAGCUGACGGUGCUGAAAAAGAAGAUUGAGGAAAAUGUGGUGCAGUCCGCUAACAACGAUUGCACCGCCGAGAGUGGAGAGUUUCGCAUGGUGGAGUUCAAGAAGGCGCUUGACAUCGCCAUUGCCGUGAAGGAAGCGAUGCCUUCCAGUGCAUACCCCGCUCCUGAUGCUACCAUGAAUGCCUGA